CAAUGUGUAUGAAUUAUGUAUUUUUCAAUAUUAUUUUGUAAGUUUGUUUGAAUUGUGUAUGAUUCACUGCAUUAGUUUUGUAUUACAUGUGUAUGAAUAUGUGUAUGAUUAAUGUAUUUAAUUUUUACAAUUUUUUAGGAGAAGAAGACACAAACACAUCUGUCUUCAUGUAUUAACAUGAAUGUGUUUGCGGAUUUGUUGACCUUUUUAGGUCAAGAUAAGUUUCAACAAUUCCUAGAUGAAACACCUUUUGGAUUUUUUUAUAAUUUGCAUCACAUUAAAAUCCAAUGUCAAUUGUUGAGACACUUAUUUAUAAUGGCGAAUGAAAAUGUUAGGGAUGACAUGUUUGUCAUUAAAGUAAAUGGUAAAGAGUUACAUUUUGGGCUAAAAGAGUUUGUUGCUAUAACUGGUUUGAAAUGUGGACCUGUUUCUGAUUUUGUAUCAGAUCCACAUGUUCAAAACAGACUCAUUGCUGAAAAUUUUGGAGAUUUUAAUAAAGUAUCCAAGUCUGAUUUUUAUUACAAGUUUAAAUUGCAAAAUUUUUGGGAGGAAGAUGAUAAACUAAAAAUCGGGAUCCUGUACUUUAUUUCUUCAUUUCUGACUGCAUCAGACCCUUCAAAGACAACAAUUCCAAAAUUGUAUUUUGAUUUGGUAGAGUCUGGACAGUAUGCCACUUUCCCUUGGGCAAAUGAGUGUUUUAAUUUAACACUCAAAGCUUGCAAUCAAAAAUUCAAAAAAAAUCCAUCGUCAUUCAAAUUCAACCAGUUCCACAUAGCACUGCAGAUAUGGUUUUAUGAGUGUUGUCAUCCAUUUGACAACACAAUUGCCAUACGUGUUUCAAAUCGCACACCGAGAAUCCUGAACUGGAAGACACCGAAUGACGUCAUUUUUUUUGACGAUUUGAAGAAAACAAUUUUCAGAACACAUGGGAAUCAGCAUAAAUUCAGAAAUAUUGUCUUCUCGGAAGAAGAGUUAAAUAGAAUGGACGAAACCAUUUUAAAUCAGUCCAGCAGCCACCAUGAUUCAGAAAAUCCCAGAUCAUCGGAAAAUCGUGCUGUUGACAGUGAACAUAAAGUUCAAGAAUUGAGAGCUGAUAUUGCCGAGGUUAAGGCAGAGUUGAAAGAACUCAAAAUCACUGUUCACAAGCGCAUGGUUGAUAUCAAGAUGUAUGUUGAUAACUCCACCAAAAUGAUAAUUGAUGAGAUUCGAUUGUCAAGAGGAGAACAAAUACCUGAAGAACAACCAGAGGAAAACGUCAAUCAUCAUGCUGCACAAUCUGAUCCAACAGAUAUGCCUACAGAGACAAUUCCACAACAAGUCCAAAGUUCAAACACAGCUGCUCAAAAGUCAACGGAUGAUUGUUUAAAUGUUGAUGCAUCUACAACGUCAAAAUCAAAACCACCAACAUUGGACGAUUAUCCUGAUUUUACAAUGACACAAAUAAUUGCCCUUGAUCCGAUUCUUAAUGCCACCACGACUCCAAAUCUGCGAACAAGAAACAAGAAUGUGGGUAAAUACGAUUCUUCUCCUUAUAUCAGAAUGUCGGAAGGAGAAAGCAGUUCAAAUAGAGUACCUACAUUCUUUCAAAUCAAACAUCCGUUCCAAAAUCACAAUGGGUUUGAUGUACCAGAUCAACUGAUUGAGGAGUUCAAUAAAUGGAUUUUCAAAGAUGUGUCGAGCAGACGUGGCAGAAAAGCAGCAUAUUCCAAGAGUAAAAACACAUUUCAUCCUCUAAUGGACUUUGGCGUUGUCAAAAUCGGAGAGAAAGAUUUUUUUCACAUAAUGAGUCAACCGGGCAGACCUUGGGAGGACGGGCAUAUUAAUACAAUAAUGUAUUAUCUCCGAAAGAAGGCAAAAUACUCCCAAACAGUCACUUCUUACAGUACUGUUGAUUGUUGGUUUAUGGCAUGGGUUGAUAACAUUGAGAAACAGUGGAGACAAUCACAAUGUGACAUGAGAUGCAUAUCACCGGACCAUGAUGUUGGACAAUGCAUUAGAGGAUAUAAGUUGCUUGCUAACAUUCCGUGGGAUAGGGUUGAUGAAGUAAUCAUCCCAGUCAACAUCAAUGACAAAUUCCAUUGGUUUCUUGUUGUAUUCCAAAUCAAAAGUAGAUGUCUAUAUGUAUAUGAUUCGAUGAUGGGAGGAUCUGUUCAUUCAAGGAAAGUCAAAGAAGCCGUUGAUAAGCUUGCAACCAUGAUUCCUUUAUUUCUGACGAGCACAGGGUUUUAUGGCAAAAGGCUUGAUUUGUAUGCGAAUAAUCUCCCUAAUUAUCAACAGAAGUCUCACUCUGAACCUCUAAGUAUCAAGAAUGUUACACAUGUUCCUCAACAAGAAGAAAGUUCAAAUGGUUGUGGUUUAUACACAUCUCUAUUUGCCGAAUACAUGAGCAAUGAUGUUUUUGAUAUGUCACAUAUUGAUAUUGAUUCAACAUAUCAUCGUCAAAGAUAUGCUACAUUACUUUGGCAUUAUGGAAAAUCAAAGAAUGAUGAAGGCGCAAUCAGUGAAAGUGAAGUUACAGGAACAGUUGCUAGCAAGAAGGGUGGACCUCGAACUCAUAAAGAACAAGUUAUGGACACCACCAAUUAUCCUACUCCAAAAUUCCGUAUCAGGAAGUAGAAAUCUUCA